AUGGUGAAGUCUCACCCUGUGAGGACCUGCAGCCCUUACGUCUGCCAAGAGGAAUUCAACAUUAUGGCUCAUCUAUACCUGUGCACCGUUCGAGCCUCAGAGUUUCAGCUGGAGGGAGAUUAUUUGAUUGGAGGACUUUUUGAUGUUCAUCAUGUCAAUGUGCUUUAUUAUCAUGUCAGACCAGAAGCCAUCCACUGCUCCAGUCAACCCUUCCUUCUCCCAAACUAUCGAAGGUUUCAGCUGAUGAGAUUCGCUGUAGAGGAAAUCAAUAACUCUACAAACCUACUGCCAAAUGUGUCUCUUGGCUAUGAGAUAUUUGACCACUGUUCGGAUACACAAAAUAUUCCAGCGAUUUUAAACCUAAUCUCAGUCAAUGGCUUGAUCCAAGCUUGGGGUGAACCACACAAGCAUCAAGGACCUGAGUCAAACCUGUCCAACGUGAUAGCCGUGGUUGGUCCUUUCACGACCACUCAGGCCUUGACGGUAGCCCCGCUGUUCAUGGUGGAUCUCAUUCCUAUGGUCAGUUAUGGAUCAUCCAGUUCUGUCCUUUCAAAAAAAAUGAAAUAUCCCUCUUUCCUACGCACAGUGCAUCCCAACAAAGACACCAUACAAGUUAUUGUUAACAUUGUGCAACACUUCAACUGGCGCUGGGUCGCUUUCCUUAACAGCGAUGAUGACUUUGGCAUUGAUGGACUUGAGACGUUCAUGAAGCUGAUUGCGAAUACUGAGAUCUGCCUGGCGUUCACCAAAGGUCUCAAAGACAAUUCAAAUUACUCCCAAAUGUUCAAACAGAUAGAAGCACAGAAAAUACGCAUCAUUAUUGUUUUCGCUCCCAAAGUGUAUGCUGAAGCUCUCAUUGGAUCAGCGAUAGAACUGAACGUCACAAAUAAAGUCUGGAUAGCAGAUGACGGAUGGGCCUUGAACAAGAGGCUCCCAAAGAAGAAAGGAAUCAGGAAUAUUGGAACUGUGCUUGGCGUGUCUCAGACAGUAGUCGGGGUACCUGGUUUCAGUGAUUUUAUCUACUCUUCCAAAAGUCAAACUCACCUCGAAAACGAAGAACAGCAGAGGUUUUGUAAUCAGGUUUGCAAUUGCAGUGGCCUGAGUGCAGAGGAGGUGGUUGCUGCAGACCCAUCUUUCUCUUUCACUGUUUAUUCUGCUGUAUACGCCAUCGCUCACGCCUUACACCAUGUCCUGCAAUGUGGAGCUGGCACUUGUAAUGACAGCAUCGCCGUGUACCCAAACAUGGUGCUAGCAGAGCUGAAGAAGUCCAACUUUACGAUUUUAAACCAGAGUGUUGAGUUUGAUGAAAAUGGUGAUCCAAAGUUCGGAUCCUAUUCUAUAGUUUUCUGGAACAAGAGUGGUGAUGCACAGGAGAUCGGCUAUUAUAAAGUUCACCCAUUCGUCAAUUUCUUCAUCAACAGCACCAAAAUAGAGUGGCACACAAACAGAGACGUGCCAACUUCACGAUGUUCCCCAGAGUGCCCUGUGGGGUAUGAAAAACAUCAACUGGGAAUCCACAAAUGCUGCUUCACUUGUGAAAUCUGUUCGAUUGGAACUUAUGUCAACAGCACAGAGGAUCCCUACAAGUGCAUCAAGUGUGAGGAGACAGAAUGGUCUGCAGAGGGAAGUACAUCAUGCAGUGUGCGGUCGGUGGAGUACAUCCCAUUCACAGACAGUGGGGCUGUACUGAUCAUGCUCGGGGCCUGGGCCUUGGUGGGCAUCACACUGGCCACGUCUGUUCUCUUUGCCAUGAACUACAACACACCUGUUGUCAGAUCUGCUGGGGGACCGAUGUGCUUCCUGAUCUUAGGCUGCCUCAGCCUGUGUAGCCUCAGUGUGUUCUUCUACUUUGGUAAACCGACAGUCUCCUUUUGUGUCCUGAGGUUGUUACCGCUCGUUUUGUUCUACACUGUUUGUAUCGCAUGCUUUGUCGUGCGCUCCUUUCAAAUUGUUUGCAUUUUCAAAAUAGCUGCCAAGUUUCCCAAGCUCCACGGUUGGUGGAUGAAAUAUCACGGACAGUGGCUGGUCAUCUCUGUGGCGUUUGUUGCUCAGGCACUGUUUCUUAUCAUUGGCCAUUCUUUUGGACCCCCCAAGACCUACAGGGACACACUUUGGUACCCAGACAAAAUCAUACUUGGUUGUGAAGUGAAUCUGAAAGCAUUCUCUUGCUCUGUAAUGUUACUUUUAUGUCUUAGCUCCCUUUGCUUUAUUUUCUCCUACAUGGGAAAAGACCUCCCAAAAAAUUACAAUGAGGCCAAAGCGAUAACGUUCUGCCUGCUCCUGCUGAUCCUCACCUGGAUCAUCUUUGCUACUGUAUAUGUUCUUUACCAUGGCAAGUACAUCCAGACACUGAAUGCGUUGGCUGUUCUCUCCAGCCUCUACUCCUUUCUGUUGUGGUAUUUCCUGCCAAAAUGCUACAUCAUCAUUUUCCAACAUCACAAAAACACUCAGCAGUACUUCCAAGGUCUCAUUCAGAAUUAUACCAAGACAAUUAGCCAGUAGCUGACUCCAAUAAAUAUGUUUGCCGUAAAUAGUAAAAGGUAAUUUGCCGCAAGCUUUCUGAAAACUAGUAAUACAAUACUCAUAUUUUUUUUAUGUAUUAAGUAUAUGUCUUCUUUACUUUUUUCUAUCAAGGGUUUGGCUUAAUUUUAUACAUGUACCUUUGGCUAUUUUAUGAGGAGUAUGUUAUGGAAUGUUUUGACAAGCACAAUAUUAAAUUUACUUAAAAACAAGAAUUAAUAAGUUAUCCGUUAUGAGGUUGAUUCUGUUAAAUCCCUGUUCUCAUUCAGAUUUUUUAGUUAAAAAAAUAGAGUGAUAAAAUAAUACAAAUAUAUCUAUAUAUAAUAUGGAAUUUGCACUGUUCAGUUUGCUGCUGUAAUGCAAAUCUCGCCACAUGAUGGCACUACCUCACAGUAACAAUGUUUACUUAUGACUUUAUUUUCCUCUGCUGUCAGCAACCACCAAAGUUAAAGUCCAAUGAUAGACAUAGAGUUUUCAUUUUCCACCCCAUCAGUGCCAGAUCAAACCAUAUUUUUUGUUGGGACAUGAUACAAGAUUGGAUCAUGUGAAAUGAGUUUUAAAGGCAAAAUCAACUCUGACACUGAGAGAAUAAGUUUUUGUGUAGAUGUGAAAGUGAGGUUAGAGGUUUGGUAUGUUAAAGCAGUUGGUGCAAAGCUUAGUACACAACUUAAUUCAAAUUAAAAUUCUUCAAUCGAUUCACCUUUUUGGGGGGGGGGCUGAGUGAGUUUUAUGUCUUUACCCUUAUGCAAAUUAAUUUUCCAUUUGUUUAUUGGCACUCAUUCCUUUGUUUUGGAAUCCAC